CGAAAAAAGAACAAGGCUUAAUUCAGGAAAUAUCUGCAGGUGAUAGCCAAGAUGGUGCAUUCCCAUCUACCCAAGAUCAUGUGACUGAAAUUUUGCUGACCCAAAAUUCGAAUCAGGUCAGCGAAAAUCAUGUAAGUGAUAUAACUAUACUUUCUGUAUCAAGAAUAAGUGAUACAAAUGCCAAUGAUAACAAACCACAAUCUUUAAUUACUGCUUUAUCUGACGAUGAGCUAGAAAAUUUCUCUGAUGACGAUGAAUUCACCAAUGAUAACGAAGAAGAUGGGAGUUUCUGUAGUUUUUCUGAUGACGAUGAUGAAGGUUAUUAUUAUGAUUUAAAUACCAGCGAAACUUAUACAAAAUCGAACCGUUCAAUCUAUGCCUAUUAG